AGUUGACAGAGUCGAAAAAAAGGGUCGAAAAGCAAAUCAAACACGAAAAGGGCUCACAUCGAUGAGUGAUCCACAAAAUGGCGAAAGGGGGGGCGGCGUCCACUCCAAACUUCGGCUGUAUCUGUGGAUCUAUGGAACGGCCCUAGUGUUUAUAUUCAUCAGCAGCCUGUUGAUCAUCUCCUUUGGCUUUAUCAACAGCGAGCCCGGAGAACGCUGCUGCCCAGCUGCCUACUCCUGCUUCAGCCUUGGCCUAUUAUGCCUGUUUGUCUAUGUGAAUGUGAUGUUCCUGCGUCGCAAGUUUCCGGUCAACUGGAUACUGAGCUGCUGCAUGGCUGUUCUUUUCGGCUUGGGCACUGCCUCAAUGCUGCCCGAGCAGACGGCCGGCCAUGUGGUGCUGCUGGCCCUGGAAGUAAUCGUAAUGAUGGGCCUACUGCUGCUGCUUGGCUACUGGCUGCCACCAAAGUGUCACCCGCUGAUCUACAUUGCCCUUACUUCGUUCUGUUUAGCGAUAGUUAUGUUUGUGCUGUGCAAAAUCAUCUCGGACCACAUCCCAGAGUAUACCGAAACAGCGGAUGUGUGGUUAGCUCACUGUGUUCUGUGGACAGUCGUCUGCCCGAUGCUCCUCUUCCAGUCGCAGGUGAUCAACGGAUAUUGGAGCAGCGAGUCUCCCUAUCUGGAUAUACCCCUCUGUGCGGUCCUUCUACUCAUCGACUACCUCGCCUGCUAUGCCUUCCUGGAUGCUGUCGCGGAAGUCGACUAUGCCUUUGAAAACUUGCUCAGCUCGCGGACCGUACAACUCUUGGUUCGUGUGGGUCGUAGCGAAAUGUGAGCCCCUGACUCACCUUUCCAAGUCGGAAAGUAACUCCAAAACUAAAUUAAGAUCCACAUUCGUACACUCUUUGUUUGAACAUG